AUGCCGCGUCGCAAAUUUGAACAAAUGCCUUUUGAACAUGAUGAUGGCCUUGAUUCCCCUAAGCGGAAGAAGGCAAAGGAGUGUGAUCCUAAGCCGCGCCGAACCAUGAAGCAGAAACAGCGCAGCUGGGUCCUGACUGGAUUGAAGCAUCUGCGAGCUCCAGCGGUGAUUGGCAUGCUUGCCAGCUUGGUCUUUGCGUGUGGUGGCUUGGAUUUCAGUGCCACGCAGCACUUUGAAACAUUUGCUGGGCGAGCAGAGGGUCGACUCUUCGAAGUGCUGAUUCACCACUCGGUCGUCCUGAUUCCGAAAAGGUUUGCCCGUGCUUUGUCCAAGAUUCGCUCCAACAACAAGAGGAAGAUUCGAUCCCAGGCCAAGAAGUUCCUCAAAGAGGCAGCCAACACCAAAAAUCGCAUGGACAAGCGUCCACGUGAGAAUGCCCAUUGGGUUAAGCAUGCAGAUCUCAACCCAGUGUUUGCUUACUUAGUUGAAAAUGGAAAGUGA